GUUGUCAAACCUGUGCUGUGACACAAGGGAAGAGGAAGUCUUUCUUCCAAUAUAAGAGAGCAAGUAUUCUCUUGCUAUAGGUAUCUCCAACUUUGAAGAAGAAAAUCACUCAAUAAAUAAUAAAAAGAAAAAUGACAUACGAAGAUCCCAUUAAGCUUCUCCUUGUCUCUUUUCCAGCACAAGGACACAUAAACCAUCUUGUUGGACUAGGAAAGUAUCUUGCUGCAAAGGGUGCCACUGUUAUCUUCACCACAACAGAGACGGCUGGCAAAAACAUGCGAGCUGCUAACAACAUCAUUGACAAAUUAGCAACUCCAAUUGGUGAUGGUACUUUCGCUUUCGAGUUCUUUGAUGAUGGUUUACCAGACGGUGAUCGUUCAGCCUUCAGAGCUCUUCAGCACUCCGCUGAAAUUGAGGUUGCUGGUAGACCCUCUAUUUCUCAAAUGAUCAAGAAUCAUGCUGAUUUAAACAAACCAUUUUCAUGUAUCAUAAACAAUUAUUUUUUUCCAUGGGUUUGUGAUGUUGCUAAUGAACACAAUAUUCCUUCUGUUUUAUCAUGGACUAAUUCCGCUGCUGUUUUCACCACUUACUAUAACUAUGUCCACAAAUUAACACCUUUCCCUACAAAUGAAGAACCUUAUAUUGAUGUUCAACUCAUCCCUUCUAGAGUUCUUAAAUACAAUGAAAUCUCAGAUCUUGUGCAUCCUUUUUGUUCAUUUCCAUUCCUAGGUAAACUUGUCUUAGAAGAGUUUAAGGACUUAUCUAAAGUGUUUUGUGUAUUAGUGGAUACCUAUGAAGAACUAGAGCAUGAAUUCAUAGAUUAUAUUUCGAAAAAAUCAAUCCCCAUAAGAACUGUUGGUCCUUCAUUUAAAAAUCCAAAUGCAAAAGGAGCAAGCAACAUUCAUGGUGAUUUCGCCAAGAGCAAUGAUGAUGAUAAAAUCAUAGAGUGGCUAGACACAAAGCCAAAAGAUUCCGUAGUUUACGUCUCUUUCGGGACUCUAGUAAACUAUCCUCAAGAACAAAUGAAUGAAAUUGUAUACGGGUUAUUGAAUUCUCAAGUCUCGUUUUUGUGGUCAUUAAGCAAUCCUGGUGUUUUGCCUGAUGAUUUUUUGGAGGAAACAAAUGAGAGAGGGAAAGUGGUGGAGUGGAGUCCACAAGUAGAUGUACUUGCUCAUCCUUCAGUUGCAUGUUUCAUAACACAUUGUGGUUGGAAUUCAUCAAUUGAAGCUCUUUCUUUAGGAGUUCCUGUGUUGACAUUUCCAUCAAGAGGUGACCAACUUACAAAUGCAAAAUUCUUGGUUGAUGUUUUUGGGGUAGGAAUUAAAAUGGGUAGUGGUUGGGCUGUAAAUAAUAAAUUGGUAACAAGAGAUGAGGUGAAGAAGUGUUUAUUGGAAGCAACAAUAGGUGAAAAAGCAGAGAAGUUGAAGCAAAAUGCAAACAAGUGGAAGAAGAAGGCGGAGGAAGCUUUGGCCGUUGGUGGAUCCUCUGAUCGGAAUCUUGAUGAGUUUAUGGAAGACAUUAAGAAACAUGCAUCAUUAAUUAAUAAUGUUAACAUCUAGAACAUGUAAUAUCAUCCAUUUCACUGUCCUUUCCUCACUACAUGGAUAAGGAUAAUUUUAUUCAUGCAGUUUAUAUUUUUGUGUUUGCAGUUAUAUAUGUUGUGUGUUUUAAGAAUUGUAAUAAAAAAUAACCAAGUUAUGGAAAAGUAUUUGGAUCCUCUAUUGCA